CCAGGAGAGUAACGCCUUCAGAGACGGCCCUUGUGCGUCAGAUGGGCUGAACGCACCCUGAAGCAACAGCACAGCAGGGUGUCGGCACUGUAGGCUUUGGACUGCCAGAGUGGUCAACUCCACCCAUCCUCAGCAUCAGCUAGCAUGGCCACGGCGAGCACCUCAGGGCAGACCGCAUUCGGCCUCGGCAGGAAAAAGAAGAACCCAGGCCUCAUGGACCAGAUUAGCAAAUUCUUUGCGGGAGAGAAAAAGAAAAGGAGCAAGGGGUCAUUCCGGGGUCACCUGGCUGCCUCCCCUCAGCAAUCCUCAGCUCGCCGUCGACCCAAUGAAAAUGCUGUGGUGCAUUUCUUCAGAAGCAUCGUAACGUCUCCUCGUCCUAAAUCCAGGUGGAGAGAAGUCUUGGGUUUGGCCUCGUCGCCGCGUGCCGACAGCACAAAGUCGCCGGUCAGACGACGCAGAGAACAAAGCACACUGUCCAGAAUCUUCAACCUGGUGAGCUCUUUACAUUUGCUUCUUUUUCUUUAUUCUGUUUAUUCACCCAAAUACAACAGUGACGCUCUGACCACAGACCAGGUGAAACCAAGUCCCGUCCUCCUCCCAAACGCUGGAGUACCAUCUUCUAAGCCCUCUGAGGACCAAACCACAGAUCCAGUACUGAUGGGACAAGAAGAAGAAGAAGCAGCAGCAGCAGAUCCACCACCUCCGCCUACGAUAACCCACUAACACCGGCCUCCUGGACACGGUCACAGACGUGCCAGUUUCUUCUGUUAAUGCUUCUGAAGAUCUUGUCUCCCUUGUGCAGCUGUUUCAAGCUCUCGGAGGUUUGGUUUUUCAGUAAAACAUCCUCCUGUAGAAUCACCUUUCGAUGGUGCUAGCGUCUGCUGUCAGUUUAUCUUUUUCGAAUCUCACACACCGAAAGCCAGUUUGUUUUGUCUAACGAGCGUCUGCGGCGUGCCCGUGUUUGUGCCUGAGUGAUGUGUACAGUGUACAGAAAUGUGUUUGGAAACUUACUCAGCUUUAUGAGUUCUAACGAGUUUGAAGGUUUUAUUGUAGCGAAUAAACUUGUGCUGAAAACAAUAAAAAGCCCUUUUUCAAUCCACUUAAAGAAUGAUUCAUACUGCAGCUUGUUUGCAUCUAAAUAACACAUUUUGACGUGAUUUAUUUUAUUUUGAAGGAGACAUAAAAAGUUUGUUUUCUCUGAAGGUCAGAUGGCAAGUUGUUCAAAGGUCAAAGGUGAAGCAGGAAGGAGUUUAGCACAGAAGGGCUAUUUGUUCAUUUUAUUUUGUGCAGAAUUAAUGUUAUUGUCAUUUGUGCACGAGCUGUGUUAUACGCUCACUUUAAAAGCACUGCAGAAUGUUUGUGUGUUUGUUUGCUGACACACUGUGGAGCUGCAGAAACUGAUACCGAGUUUUGUAUUAUUGCAUCACUUAAAAGUAAUUUUAUUAUUCAGUCCAAAUGAAAAUAAAGUUUCUCCUCUCUAACUUAA